GCUGCUCCACGGCGACCAGCCGUGUUUUCAUCUUUUCCGCUUCUGCAGGCAGGAGGGUUUGGCCGGCAAGAUGGAGCAUGUGUUAUAUAAACCGCUGCCACAACAAACAGCAACGCUCCUUAACAUCCAGCCCCAAGGAUCAAAGGAGGCUGAGGCCUUUGUAAAAGCAUUUCUGAAGCGCAGCAUGCCCCAGAAGAGCGAUGAAAUCAUCCAAGACCACUUAACUCGAAAAGCUGUCGUCCUUGAACACUUCCAUAAGAAGAGGAAGCGGCAGAAAAAGAAGAAAAAGAAAGGGUUCUCUGCCAAGCAGAGGAGAGACAUGCGGCUUUUUGAGAUUCAACCAGAACAGCAAAGGUAUGAGAUAUUUGUACCAUUGCAUGAACUAUGGAAACAGUACAUCAGAGACCUCUGCAAUGGACUCAGGCCGGAGGCACAGCCACAGAUGAUUCAGGCCAAAUUGCUAAAGGCUGAUUUUCAUGGAGCUCUUGUUACAGUGACAAAAUCUAAAUGUCCCUCCUACGUUGGUAUCACAGGCAUCAUCCUACAGGAAAUGAAACACGUUUUCAAAAUUAUCACAAAAGAAGACAAGCUGAAAGUUAUUCCGAAGCUGAACAAUGUCUUCAGCAUGGAGGUCGAUGGCUUCGUUUCUUAUAUCUAUGGCAGCAGAAUCCAAUUCCGUGCCAGUGAGCGUUCGGCCAAGAAGUUCAAAGGAAGAGGAACGAUGGAUCUUUAACUCUUCUAGAAACUCAGAAAGUGAUGUGUGUUUUCCAAGAGAUGGGAAAUACGCAUAGCAACACAUAAGAAACUGAGACUUAAAACAGAGUUGUGCAUACCAGAAGGAAACCCCCAUGCUGUGUUAAAUGAGACCUAUCUGAAAUAUGUCCCUCCUAGCAUACAUGCAUGCUCCUGUCUACUUCAAACUUCCGCUUUGGUACUUUGUAAAUUAUCUCAGUUUUGUUAAACUUGUUAUAUAAAAUUAUUCCUUUC